AUGAGUUCUCGUUUUGCCGCAGGCGGCGAAGGCUUCUGGACCGCAGCCUCACGUUCCAUCUCAUCCUCCUCAUCUUCAACAUCUACUCCAUCCUCUACCACAUCUACCGCCCGCCAUGAUGCCUACGGCCGCCGCCUCUCUGUCGAGGAGGACUUGUUCUAUCAACAGCUCAUGACAGCCGACCCGAGGCCGCCUUCGGAACCACCACCCCCCUAUCGACCACAGGCUCUGCGUCCAGCAUCAUCCCUCAUCACCGUCACUGAUGAUCGCCGACAGCAACCUCAGCAGAGGCAGGCCCUCAUCGAGUUGCCGCCGAAAUACCACACCGACAUUGAUCUCGCUGCCGUCUGGGAGCUGAAAAUGGAACUCGAGGACGCCGUGGACCGCGCCGAUGACCGCACCUGGCACACUGUCAUUGUCCAAUUACGCGGCACCAGUCUCAAGCUUUACAGCGUCAAAAAGGAGUGGACGCAAUGGGGCUGGGGCGCCGCACGCGAGUGGGCAUCUUCUAACCAGUCCCCCGAUAAUCCGCCCUGGGCUCGUCGAGCGACCCUUCUGCGGACCUACCACUUGCAGCACGCCGACAUUGGUAUUGCUGCCGACUACAAGAAACGACGAAACGUCAUUCGCCUCCGCCUCGAAACAGACCAGCUGCUGCUGUCAUGUCUCGAGUCUGCCACCUUUGUUCGCUGGCUUGACGCCUUUUUUGCCGCCAUAGCUAUAGCAGCCCCCCUCGACGAACGCGAGUAUCCCGCCGAUCAGUCCGUACCCCGUUCUCAGCGGACACGAUGGCUGCAAGCUCAGCGACGCGGGCUGACGCUCGCGCCGAGGGCGUACUCCCCAAGCAUCACUUCGAGUCUGAGCCUGAGCUCGCACCUCGACAUGGAUGCCGACCCAUAUCCGUCGCCUGAAAUGUCAGAUGGUACACAGGGCAUGGCAGGACAGGGCAUGAUCCAGGGUCAGGUACCAUCUGGGGGCUCGACGCCCGCGUUGUCGAGGCGAUCGACGACCGGGUCGGCAAGCUUUCGGAGGCUCGUUGCUGCGGCUGGCGGCGGCGAAGUCGAUGGCAAAUGGGCGCCGCCGCGCGAGACGUGGGAUCCACCCGAGGAAGAGUGA